AUGCCAGAGCAGCAGACCCACCCAAGGAUGAGCAGGACUCUGCUGAAUUCAGUCUUCCUGCCCAUGGAGAGCCACUGCUGGUCUCCUGAGGCUCCGGCAGGAACAAGCGAAGGGGGCAAAGACAGCACAGAAAAUCGAAAGCACAGGAGGAAACUGGAGUCAAUGCCAGUGGAGUGUAGACUUCAUAACUUGUCAGGGUCCAGGUGGGCGCUGGAUACAUAUGCCAACGGCACCAUCCCAGACGGCUUCAUCCUCUUGGGCUUCUCAGAUAAGCCCAGGCUAGAAAUGACCCUAUUUGUGACUGUGUCUGUCUUUUACACAGUCACCCUCGUGGGCAACGCCACCAUCAUACUCCUGUCUCACCUAGACCCCCACCUGCACACCCCCAUACACUUCUUCCUCACCCACCUCUCCAUCCUGGACCUCUGCCUUACCGCCAGCUGCAUCCCCCAGAUGCUGGUCAAUUUCUGGGGCUCGGACAAGACCGUCAGCUACCUGGGAUGUGCAGUCCAGCUCUACAUCUUCCUGGGACUGGGAGCUGCAGAGCGUGUGCUGCUGCUGAUCAUGGCCUUCGAUCGCUACAUGGCAGUGUGCCGACCCCUGCACUAUGCAGUAAUCAUGCACCCGCCCCUGUGUCACAAGCUGGCAUUCCUGGUCUGGGCAAGUGGGAUUUUCGGCACCUUGGUGCCGUCUCCCACCACCAUGAAACUCCCCUUUUGCCAUCACCACCGGGUUGACGACUUUGUCUGUGAGGUCCCUGCGCUGAUCCGCCUGGCCUGCAGAGACACACAUAUCAACAAGCUCCAGAUCUCAGUGAUUGGUGCCGUCUUCCUGAUGGGGCUGCUCCUGCUCAUCCUUGUCUCCUACGGCCGCAGAGCCCAGGCGGUGCUGGCCAUCCCGUCCCUGGAGGGCAGAAGCAAGGCCUUCCGCACCUGCUUUUCCCACCUGGUGGUCGUCUUUCUCUUCUACUGCAGUGUCACUGCCGUUUACAUCCGACCCCGGAGUCACUUCUCCCAGAAGGGAGGCAAGUUCCUAAGUCUUUUCUACACUGUGGUGACCCCCACUCUCAACCCCCUCAUCUACAUCUAA